GUCCCGGAGAGCGGCGCUCGGGGCCGAGGCGGCGGCGGGCAGGGCUCGCGCUCCUGACUGUAGUAGGCGUCGGCGCUCGCGCGUGAGGCCGCCCACCCGUGCUUAGUUUUGUUCCGGCCACCGCCGAGGCCUGUGUGGGGCGCGAAGAUGCCGGCCGUGUCCAAGGGCGACGGGAUGCGGGGCCUGGCGGUCUUCAUCUCGGACAUCCGCAACUGUAAAAGCAAAGAAGCAGAAAUAAAGAGGAUAAACAAGGAACUGGCAAAUAUUAGGUCAAAAUUCAAAGGUGACAAGGCUCUUGAUGGCUACAGUAAAAAGAAGUAUGUGUGCAAGCUACUCUUCAUCUUCCUCCUGGGUCACGACAUUGACUUUGGGCACAUGGAGGCUGUGAACCUGCUGAGCUCCAACCGCUACACAGAGAAGCAGAUUGGUUACCUCUUCAUCUCUGUGUUGGUGAACUCCAACAGUGAGCUGAUCCGCCUGAUCAACAAUGCCAUCAAGAAUGACCUUGCCAGCCGAAACCCCACCUUCAUGGGCCUUGCCCUGCACUGCAUUGCCAACGUGGGCAGUCGAGAGAUGGCAGAGGCCUUCGCCGGGGAGAUCCCCAAGAUCCUUGUUGCAGGAGACACCAUGGACAGCGUGAAGCAGAGCGCAGCCCUGUGCCUGCUGCGCCUGUACAGGGCAUCCCCUGACCUUGUCCCGAUGGGUGACUGGACAUCGCGUGUGGUGCACUUGCUCAAUGACCAGCACCUGGGUGUGGUCACUGCAGCCACCAGCUUAAUCACCACGCUGGCCCAGAAGAACCCUGAGGAGUUUAAGACCUCUGUGUCCCUUGCCGUCUCCAGGCUGAGCAGAAUUGUGACGUCUGCAUCCACGGACCUUCAGGAUUACACUUAUUACUUUGUCCCAGCUCCCUGGCUGUCAGUCAAACUUCUAAGGCUGCUGCAGUGCUACCCGCCCCCAGAAGACCCCGCAGUGCGAGGCCGCCUGACCGAGUGCCUGGAAACUAUUCUGAACAAGGCACAGGAGCCACCCAAGUCCAAGAAGGUGCAGCAUUCCAAUGCCAAGAAUGCCGUCCUCUUCGAGGCCAUCAGCCUGAUCAUCCACCAUGACAGUGAGCCCAACCUCCUGGUGCGGGCCUGCAACCAGCUGGGUCAGUUCCUGCAGCACCGUGAGACCAACCUGCGCUACCUGGCGCUGGAGAGCAUGUGCACGCUGGCCAGCUCCGAGUUCUCGCAUGAGGCUGUCAAGACCCACAUCGACACUGUCAUCAACGCCCUUAAGACGGAGCGGGAUGUAAGCGUGCGGCAGCGGGCCGUGGACCUGCUGUAUGCCAUGUGCGACCGUAGCAAUGCCCAGCAGAUUGUGGCUGAGAUGUUGAGUUACCUGGAGACAGCUGACUACUCCAUCCGUGAGGAGAUCGUGCUAAAAGUGGCCAUCCUGGCUGAGAAGUAUGCGGUGGACUACACCUGGUACGUGGAUACCAUCCUGAACCUGAUCCGCAUCGCAGGGGACUACGUCAGUGAGGAAGUGUGGUACCGCGUCAUUCAGAUUGUUAUCAACCGUGAUGAUGUGCAGGGCUAUGCCGCCAAGACGGUGUUUGAGGCUCUGCAGGCCCCUGCAUGCCACGAGAACCUGGUCAAAGUGGGCGGCUACAUCCUGGGAGAGUUUGGAAACCUGAUAGCUGGGGACCCGAGGUCCAGCCCGCUGAUCCAGUUCAACCUGCUGCACUCCAAGUUCCACCUGUGCAGCGUCCCCACGCGGGCCCUGCUACUGUCCACCUACAUCAAGUUUGUGAACCUGUUCCCCGAGGUGAAGGCUACCAUCCAGGAUGUGCUGCGUGGUGACAGCCAGCUCAGGAAUGCGGAUGUGGAGCUGCAGCAGCGGGCUGUGGAGUACCUGCGGCUCAGCACUGUGGCUAGCACCGACAUCCUGGCAACAGUGCUGGAGGAGAUGCCGCCUUUCCCCGAGCGUGAGUCCUCCAUCCUGGCCAAGCUCAAGAAGAAGAAGGGGCCGAGCACAGUGACCGACCUGGAGGAGGCCAAGCGGGAGCGCAGUGUUGAUGUGAAUGGGGGUCCCGAGCCUGCCCCAGCCAGCACCAGCGCUGUGUCCACGCCUUCUCCAUCUGCUGACCUGCUGGGACUGGGGGCUGCUCCCCCAGCCCCCACAGGGCCUCCAUCCUCAGCUGGUGGGCUGUUGGUCGACGUCUUCUCCGACUCCGCCUCAGCCAUCGCACCCCUGGCUCCUGGCUCUGAAGACAACUUUGCUAGGUUUGUGUGUAAAAAUAACGGUGUGUUGUUUGAAAACCAGCUGCUUCAAAUUGGACUUAAGUCUGAAUUUCGGCAGAAUCUCGGCCGAAUGUUCAUAUUUUAUGGUAACAAGACCUCCACGCAGUUCUUAAACUUCACUCCAACACUGAUCUGUGCAGAUGACCUGCAGGCUAAUCUGAACCUGCAGACCAAGCCUGUGGACCCGACUGUGGACGGGGGUGCGCAGGUGCAGCAGGUGGUCAACAUCGAGUGUGUGUCUGACUUCACAGAGGCGCCAGUCCUCAACAUCCAGUUCAGGUAUGGUGGCACCUUCCAGAAUGUGUCUGUCAAGCUGCCAAUCACACUGAACAAGUUCUUCCAGCCUACGGAGAUGGUGUCUCAGGACUUCUUCCAGCGCUGGAAGCAGCUGAGCAAUCCUCAGCAGGAAGUGCAGAACAUCUUCAAAGCAAAGCACCCGAUGGACACAGAGAUCACCAAGGCAAAGAUCAUUGGAUUUGGAUCAGCACUCCUUGAAGAAGUUGAUCCGAACCCUGCAAACUUUGUCGGCGCUGGCAUCAUUCACACCAAAACCACUCAGAUCGGAUGCCUGCUGCGUUUGGAGCCAAAUCUGCAAGCUCAGAUGUACCGGCUCACGCUGCGCACAAGCAAGGACACCGUCUCCCAGAGGCUGUGUGACUUGCUAUCUGAGCAGUUCUAACCCCGUGCAGCAGUUGGGUUGUAUGUGUUGUUUCCCUUCGUCUCUGCCACUGUCUUGGUGACCACACUGCACAUAGCACCCUCGUCUGAGCAUCUCAGCACCAGGGCCUGCACCGCAUCUCCCUCCGGGCCCCGCGACACAGAUGAGACAUGAAGGGGCCAUCAACAGGGACCGCAGCAGGCCUGCCUGUCCGAGGAGGGACUUGGAUUUGGGAAGUUGAGGCAGCCUGUGGCUUAGUCUUCAAAUUAAAGGGAAAGUAGAAGUUUGAAUGAAAGUGGGAAUUCUGUGGAGGUUUAUUGAGUGCUGCUGUCCCUUCCUCAUCCCAGGAGCUGGGGGUAACACUGGUUACUGGAGGUGUGGGACUGCCCUGGGCUAAGUUGUGUGUCCCUAUGGCCAGCUGCAGCACCACUGGACGCUUUCUGGGUGACAUUUUAAACCUAGGCAGCUGUAAGUGUUCGUGUUUCAAUGUGCUCUGCCUGUUGACAGGACCGUUUCCAGCAUAGUCUUCUUGAGGGUGCUUGUGACAUUAAGCCUGCAUUUUUGAGGGUGGGGGCUGCUAGUGGCUCUGGAGGGCAAGGGCACAGCUCCUUUCUGGUCAAGUGAGUGCGGUGUUCCUGUAGUGCACUGAGGUCUUGGGUCACAUCGCUGUGGAGAUGUCUGGGCAUGCUUGUGCCUCCCUGCUAGUGGCCCUCACCCAUCAGGGUGGUGUCCUCUGGCCCCAUGGUGCUGGUCACAGGCCUGAGUGCCGCAGACUCACACCCAUGCAGUUGCAUCUUGAGGGGGUAGAGGAAGAAAGCCUGAGUCUAGCAGGAAGUGACGAGGCCAGGUGAGGUGGCAGCCUUAGACAGUUUGCAGAGACUGCACCAGAGGGCGUGGCCCACAUGCCAAGGCCUCACAGUCACCCUUGUGGGCAGCAGGACCGUAGGCAGGAUAGAAGGUGGCCUCAGGAGCAGCCUUGGAGUGUACCCAGGCCUGGGUUCCACAUAGACAAACCUGGGUGGUGGCGUCCUGAGCACGCUCCAUGCUGGACACCAUCAGCCCUGGUUCUCCAUGCACAGGUGUGGCUGCCCACCCAGGUGGCACCUGGCCUUGUUCUUGGACCACCACUCAAGGUUCCCGCAGUCCCAUGCUGUGGAUCCUGUGUCCCUAGCUUUAGAGCACUCAGUCUACAUCUUGGCCCCGUGUCUGCUGGACCCUAGGGUGUGACCAGCAGGUGAUCCGUGCCUGUGUGGCCGUGGCUCAUGCCUCCAGGCAUCCCUGCUGAUCUCGGGUCAGAAUGUACCCCAGAACCGAAGGGGCUGCUAUGGGGUCCAGCCCUGCCCUCUGCCAAACAGAGUGUCAUCCUGCAGUGUGCUUUUUUCCAGAAGAAAAUAAACACUAGAGCAGA